CUUGUGUCCAGCCAGGGGAUGCCUAUAAAUGAUGGGCUGCCCUGCUCUGCCACUCUGUGUGGCUCCUCCUCAGCUUUUGUAGAGUGUGACCUGCAUACGUAUAUCUUGCAAAAUGUCCCAGCUGGAACGCAGCAUAGAGACCAUCAUUGACACCUUCCACAAACACUCUACGAAAGAGGGGCACCCAGACACCCUGAGCCAGAAGGAAUUCAAAAACGUGGUGAAUAAUGAUCUGCCGAACUUCCUCAAGAAGGAGAAAAAGGAAGACAAAGUCAUAAAUGACAUCAUGGAGGACCUGGACACCAACCAGGACAAGCAGCUGAGCUUCGAGGAAUUUACCAUGCUGAUAGCAAAGUUGGUCCAUGCCACCCAUGAGAAGAUGCACGAGAAUAACCCUCGUGGGGACAACCACAGCCACGGGAAAGGCCUUGGGCAGUAAUCAGGCAUUUAAGCCUCCUUAGCCUGCCCAACCAAGGCUACAGGAAUUGUCCUGUCACAAGGCCUUGGUUGUGGGACUGGGAGUUGAUAGAAAUAAAACUUUUCUCCAUGCCA